GUUUGUGGGUUAAGGUAAGGUACUCAUGAAGCCACUUUCCAUUGCUUAAAUGUUCUUGAACAAGUUGAUUUUACAUCGAGCAAGUCAUUAAACCAAUAUUUUCAUACAACUAGAAAAGUUUCCAUUGGCACCGAGUCCAAGGCUGUCAGACUGGCCUCUUAUUGUUGUCAGUUAUGGAGAAUUGAUUCAUUGCAGCUUUGAUAUGGUUUGUGUGGCACAGCUUGCAACAAGAUGUGACCUGGAUUUGCAGAAUGCAGCCUAGUUUACAUCUCAGUCAACUAACGUAAGGUUAAAUGCUACAAUUUGCACAAUAAAACUCCACACAAGUGGUUUAUUUUUGAGAAUCCACUAAUUGCCUCUUUUUUUUUUUUUUUUUUUUUUUUGAUGUCACCAAGUAAUGAUGUCAUUUUAAUUUGACCUCUUGGAGUUAUGAUGAUGAUGAUGAUACUGGACAUUUUUGGCUGGUGAUUUGUCACUUUGUAAACUUGACCCCCUGACCUAAAGCUGUAAUGGAACCAGGAGAGAAUGACAUAUGUGACAUACUGAGAGUUUCUGGCUUAUCUUAUCCUAAAAUAUAUCUGUAGAUAAGUUUAUCUGCUCUGUACUGUUUUUUUUUUUUUCCAGAAAUGCAGGCAACAUAAGUGUACUAACCAGUGUUCUGUGUGGGUAGUCUUCAGGCACUGGCCGUUAUCUGUAACAACGUGGUAACAGAUAGACUGUCGUGUUCACUGCACAUCCUUGACAUGCAGGGUCGCCCCAUCUAGUGAGUGAUGGUGGUGUUUUAUCUGUGAGGUGAUGAGAAUGUGGCCUUGUCUGACGGGGCUAUAAAGGGGCAGAAGCAGCCAGCUCUUCUUCAGAUUCCACAUUUCACGUGUAGACACUCAUUCAUCUGUUAAGAAAGGUUUUAAAAUGUUGCCUGCAACGUUCAAACUGUGUGCUGGCAUUUCCUACAGGCACACGAGAAACAUGACAGGUAAGGUGCUGUUUCAGGAAUCCAGUUUUCUGAAAUGUUUGGAAUUAGUAUGCCAUUAUUUAUUAAGGUUUAUGUGUAUAUAUUUAUCUUUUUUUAUAUUACAAUCAGGUCUGAGAAAGAAUGCAAUGAUUGCAAUCCAUCAAGAGCUGAACAAGCUUUCCGGACCUGGACCUAGUGCCUGGAUCAACCACAUUCGGAGAAGGAGCUCCCUACUCAGCAGUCGGAUUGCAGAGGAGACGUACUCUGAAGCUGAGCAGUGUUAUGUGCAGCAGGGACAGGAAGCUCUGCAGAAGUCCAUCAGCAUCCUCAGUGACCAGGAUGGCUGGCAAACUGAGAUUGAGAAUGCCAAUGGUGAUAAGGUGAUGAGUAAAGUACUACCAGACAUUGGGAAAGUAUUUAAGUUGGAAGUGAUGCUGGAACAGAAGACAGAUUAUCUAUAUGAGGAGCUGGUGGAUAACAUGGAACAAAUGGGGGAGUGGAACCCCAAUGUCAAACAAGUCAAAGUUCUUCAGAAGAUCGGUCAGGAUACUAUGAUCACACAUGAGGUUUCAGGUGAAACACCUGGGAAUGUGGUGGGCCCACGAGACUUUGUAAGUGUCCGUUGUGCCAAGCGGAGGGGAUCUACGUGCUUCCUGGCCGGGAUGUCCACUCAGCACCCUGGAAUGCCUGAGCAGAAAGGAUUUGUAAGGGCUGAGAAUGGACCCACCUGUAUUGUGAUGCGACCAAGUGGAGAAGAUCCCAAUAAGACAAAAUUUACCUGGUUGCUCAGUUUAGACCUUAAGGGUUGGAUCCCAAAAACUGUGAUCAACCGAGUACUUUCGCAAACCCAGGUGGAUUUCGCAAACCAUCUCAGGCACAGAAUGGCAUCAAAUGGUGGUGUGGAAGCAGCCAUUGCCUGAUGACGUCCACAUUUAUACCCUAAAAACACAGAUGACAUAACAAGGGCGACUCUUUUCAGGGCCAAGCUCAUCCCACCCAAAACGGUCACACCCAUUUCAGCUUGUAAAAAUUUCGCACAGAUCGAAGUUAAAUUGUCUAUAAAACAAUAUGCUACUCAAUAUUCGAGCCACGUAAUUUUUAAUGUUUUUUACGUGCACAAACUAUAAUAACUAAAAAUGGAUGUUGGAAGUUUCUAAUUCAUCCCAGUGGAGAUUUAGUACAUUUUGAUUUCAACCUGAUGGUAAACUGCUUCCUCUGUCACCCCCAUUUUGUGGCUUGAACUUCCUUCUAUUCACUCAUAUACUUCUGCAUAACACUACUGACUAUUAUUCUUGGGCUUAUUAGUUCCUAUUUUAACACUGUCUGUAAAAAACAAAAAAAACAGAAGUAUUUAUUUUAAGUUAUUAUUAUUAUUGUAUCACCCUGGAAAAGGAUGUCUGCUGAAUGAAUAUUCAUUAAAACUAUUAAAAUGACAAA